UAGUACUGAGAAAAACUUUGUAAAGCAUUAUCAGAAAGUUAAGAUAGAUAAAGACUAAUGAGCAUAAUAAUAACGAUAACAAUAAAGUGUUUUUGGUCGUUUACUGAAACUCAGUACGUCAAUAACUAUCAGUAGAAUUUAAUAUUUCUUAAAAGUUAGACAUGAUGUCGUAUAAAAUUAUUUUCUUUACUUUUUUUAUUUUUGGAACUGAACUGAUAUUUGCAAAGGAAGCAAUAGAUCUGGGCAUACGUCCGAUAAAAUCGAAUGUUAAGCAAAAUGGAGCUUUUCCAAUAAAUACGAGUGAUGCUACACCUGUUAAGUCAAAUAAGUUUGAAUCUACAAGUUCAACCGAAGAUGACUCAAUUCCUGUCUCUGCAUCUAUUAAUAUCCCAUAUGGUUUUGAAAAAGUUAAGGAUAACAAUUCUCUUGGUAAAAAUAAUUCAACAACUCAAUCUAGAACAAGUGCUAAUGUAACAGUGAAAACUGUUUCAACUAUAAAUAAAUUUUACGAUGCUGAGAAAAAGUUACAUCCUACAAUAUUUGAUUUCGUUGAACGAAUUAGACAUAUUAAAGACGUUUCUUUAAACACCACAAAAUCAUCGGAUCCGGAACCUGGAUCUACUUCAAUAAUAUACCAUUACAAUUCAAAAGAUUACGAUAAUCCUAAGUAUAAAUACUUCGAGACUAUUCUCCGUGAUUUAUAUAAUAUUACUAAACCUAAAAACCUCGAAUCCCAAGAACAAAUAAAUAUCAUAAGGGCUUAUUACGCAAAUAAGGAAGUUUCGAAACCUUUAGACUAUAGUAACCAAGGUCAACUUGGAAUUGAACCUCCUACAGAGAAUGGAAAUCAGAAAAAAAAAUCAUUUGACACUAAAGAUUACUACAGUCCAAAGUAUUCCAGCUUUGAAAAAUUUCAUUAUGACUUUUUCCCUCGUUAUAUAGAUGGAAAACUAGUUGUGCCGAAUGUAAUAGAUCCUUAAUAAAACUGAUAUAUUUCUGGAAUUUUUAUGUAAAUCUGACUGUAUGUAAUUAUAAUGUAUUAUCUAAUUUACAAAUAGUUAUUUAGCAGCACCUGAUGUAAACUAACUCAUUGGUUUGAAAAAUAAAGAUAAACUAGAAUAUA